AACUUGCAAAACAAGUAUUGAAAGAAAAUGAUCAAACAUUGGCUGAUAGACAUAGAAGUAGAUCAUCUGCUAGAUUUAGUAAAGAUGGUAAAGAUCUUAUUUGGGCCGAUUAUGGGCCUCAUUAUGUUAAGGUUAGGAAGGCCUGUACUUUGGAGCUUUUUACCCAGAAAAGACUUGAGGCUCUUCGGCCCAUUAGAGAAGAUGAAGUUACUGCUAUGAUUGAAUCUCUCUUCAACGAUUGCACUAAACCUGAAAACAAAGGAAAGCCCCUUAAAGUAAGGCGAUACAUAGGGACAGUGUCAUUUAACAACAUCACAAGGCUAACUUUUGGGAAGAGGUUUAUAAAUGAUAAGGGAGAAUUGGAUCCCUUAGGAAAGGAAUUCAAGGGUAUAUUAUCUAGUGGGUUUAAAAGUAGCAAGACAAGCUUCUUGGCCGAGCACCUACCGUGGCUAAGAUGGUUGUUGGUGCCUCUCGACAAAGAAAAGGGUGAGGCUGCUGUGCACAAUACUCGGUUGGAUCGAUUCACUCGAGAAAUCAUGGAGGAGCAUGCUAAAGCCAAGUCUCAAAACAUUGGUGGUGUAAAGCAACAUUUUGUUGAUGCCUUGCUUGGCCUAAAGGAUGAGUAUGAUCUUAGUGAAGACACCGUGAUUGGGCUUCUUUGGGACAUGGUCAUUGCUGGAAUGGACACAGUUUCAAUCUCGGUUGAGUGGGCUUUAGCCGAGCUAAUAAAGAACCCAAGAGUACAAAAGAAGGCUCAAGAAGAGCUAGACCGGGUUAUUGGGCAGGAUCGAAUCAUGACUGAAGAAGAUUUCUCGAACCUUCCCUACUUACAAGCUCUAGCCAAGGAGUCCCUAAGGCUUCAUCCUCCAACCCCUCUUAUGUUGCCCCACAAGGCCAAAGCUCAUGUCAAGAUUGGUGGAUAUGAUGUUCCUAAGGGCUCGAUUGUCUACGUAAAUGUUUGGGGUUUGGGCCGUGACCCCAAUGCUUGGCGCGAUCCUCAAGAGUUCAGGCCAGAACGGUUCUUUGAAGAGGAUAUCGACAUGAAGGGUCAUGAUUUCCGGUUACUUCCCUUUGGUGCAGGUAGACGUAUCUGCCCGGGAACACAACUAGGCAUAAAUUUGGUCACAUCAAUGUUGGGUCAUCUCUUGCAUCAUUUCGAUUGGAAACCACCAAAUGAUGAGGAGAUUGAAAUGAAGGAAGCCCCCGGAAUUGUCACCUACAUGAGCACCCCUCUACAAGCUAUAUUUUCGCCAAGGUUACCAGCAGAGCACUUGUAUAAACGUGUACCAGUGGAUGUGUAAUUUUCGUAGCAUUUGUAGUUUGCAUACCUGAGUUUAUUAAAAGAAGUAAGGAAAAGAAAUAAUGCAAGGUCACUAUAUAUUUUUGUAUUUUUACCAUGUGUAGUUUCUGGGUACAAGAGAAACAGGAGUUUCACCUUGUUAUGAUUUACUUCCAAGUGGUUUAGUGCAUCACUUUAGCCGGAAAAAUUUUAUACAACGGUUGCACCACGAUUCAAUCUUA